UACAUUAUCCACACCUUCUGUUUUUCUGGCGUUUCCAACACGAUCAGAAAAAAAAUACCGGAAAUAUGUUUAGUCUUUCAAGAACUUCACCACUUGGUUUCUCUAGAUGAUGCUCAUUUACCGUGGCUUUCUGACAGUAGGCGCUCCAUGUGUGACGUCUAGCACAUGUCGCGUAGUUUUUGCGAUAGUGUCAAUGUGUAUAUUGAAGAUCUGUAAGCAUUUCCUUAGUUGUCAUGGAUGAAGACAACCUAAAAGCUGCCAUUGAUGCAUACGCUGAACAGUUAUGUCAAGUAAAUGCUACGUUAGAGGCAGGACUGGAUCAGACACAACAUGCUGAUCUUUUGAAACUGCAGGAUGACCUGAAACAGCUAAUAGAGUUGACAGAGUCCAGCUUGCUAUGUGUGAGAAAGAGCAAAAACCUAGCAAACUUGGAGGAGGACUCUCUUUCGACAAUUACAGAUUGUCAAAUGCAGGCAAAGAAUGAGGUAUUUGAUGAUGAGUAUGCUGCCUUCCAAGCUGCAAUUGCUGAGCUAAAUGAUGACUCUGCAGAAAAUUCUGAUUUUAGAAAUGAAACAUCCCACUUAGAUGGUGAUAACUUAAAAAAAAACAUUGACCAUGUAGAAAAUGACAGCUCUACAGAUGGAAAGGUGGAGGAUGAACUCCAUGGGAUGAAGGUCAGAGCCCCAUAUCACUCAGCCUGGGGAACACUGGAGUAUCACAAUGCAAUGAUUGUAGAGGCAUACAGUUCUGAAGAUGGUGACGGUAAAGUCAGAGUGCUUUACCUUUACCCAACACACAAAUCUAUGAAGGCAUGUCCUUUUUUCUUGGAAGGAAAGUGUCGUUUUAAAGAAAACUGUAGGUUCUCCCAUGGGGAGGUAGUACUUGUUUCUGAACUUCAGCCAUUUAAGGGUCCAGAUCUCAGCUCUUUGGAAGUGGGAUCAGCCUGUCUGGCAAAACAUGAAGAUGGUUUGUGGUACUCAGCAAAAAUUAAAGAUAUUGACAGUGGCUACUAUACAGUCAAAUUUGAUUCACGUUUAUUGAAAGAGUCUGUAGUUGAGGGAGAUGCUGUCAUUCCCCCAUUGAGGGGCAAAGAACUUUCUUCGUCAUCAUCGGAGUCUGAUGAAGAGGGGAUAGAUGAUUCUGCAUAUGCAAAAGUUUUGGACCCAAGCAGCUCUGGCUCUUGUGACUGGAACCCUUCAUGUAGUUCUUCAUUUGGAAGUUGGGAGGCCCACACACGAGGUAUUGGAUCCAAACUUAUGGCCAAGAUGGGUUAUGAGUUUGGAAAAGGUUUAGGCAGAAAUGCAGAGGGACAGGUAGAGCCAGUUCUAGCAAUAAUCUUACCCAGAGGCAAAUCUUUGGACCAGUGUGCCAAACUUCUGCAGAAGACACAGGGGGAGCUACAGCAGCAGAAGUGUAAAAAACACAAACUAAAGAACAAAGCCAGCAGCAGUGCACACACAGAAAGCAGGCAUUCAACAGUCUUUGACUUCCUGAAUGAGAAACUCUCAGCUGGGUGGAACAGUCAUGCCCCUCAAUCUUCACAAACCUGUGCAUCAGAGAACAACAGGAAAGAGACAUGCCAGGCCACUAAAGAUAGUACAAGAGCUCUGAAUAUCCAGCUUCUCCAAACAACAGAGAAGAUUGAGAAGCUAAAGAAGGACAUAGGAAGCAUACAGGAAGCCCUUGCAAGAAAUGUUGGCAGGGACAAGGCCAUGACUAGCCACCUUGAACAAAAGCUUACGCAUGCCCAGAAGCAGCUGAGUUUGCUGAAAACACAGGAAGCUACAAUCCAGCAAAACCAGAGAAAAGGAGAACUGCACAAAAAAAUGACAGAAUUCUAAUUUGCGAGGUGCUGCAAGUUGUUUCAUAUUGUCAGUCUUAAGCCUGAUGUCUGUGAUGCUGUUUGUUCUACAAAUAUUAUGAAUCACCCUUAACAAACUAAUACAGUUGCCUGGCGUAAGCAAAGUAUUUCCCAGCAGGACUGAGGUAGCUGAUAAAGAAUUACUGUAUGUACAAAUUUGUGUUCAUUCAAGAUGCAUCUUGCCAUCUGAAAUACAGAACUCUCAUUUUUUAUCAUUAUUUUAAAUAAACUGUGAAAUAAGUGAGUUUUACACAUUUGAGGUUUUAAUGUGCAUUUUUACAUGCUGGGUUUCAGUACAGCAAAGUAUCAGAACAAAUAAAUGAAAAAUAAUGUGUGUGUAAUUAA